CUAGCUGCUCAUCCCACACAACAAAACACAAGGUCUUUCUUCAUAGAAAAUAAACUUUUUUGCUUUCACAAAUUGUUUCUGUGAGUAUCUCAUUCAAAUUCAUACUUCAAAGGGAAAAUGGCAAUCAGCAUGGGGCACAUUCUCCGUGGGAAACAUGGCCUCAGAAGGUCUUCCUCAAGAACUAACAGAGAAGGCGAGGUUCCCAAGGGUCACUUUGCAGUCUAUAUAGGCAUGGGCGAGAAGAAACGCUUUGUGCUUCCCAUCUCAUACUUAAAGGAAAAUUCAUUCCAAGACUUGCUAAGUCAAGCUGAAGAAGAAUUCGGAUUCGAUCAUCCUAUGGGCGGACUCACAAUUCCUUGUCCGGAUGACUCCUUCCUGGACAUCAUCUCCAGAAUGAGUAGCAGAUCUUGAUACACUUUAGACAUCUCUUAGUUUAGUCAUUAGAACAACAAUGCAGAGAAACAUAUUUUUUUGUACAGUGUUCUGUUUUUUUCCCCAUCAGAGUGGGAAAUAUAUGGAGUAUAUUUUCUUAAUCUUAUCAAUUCUCUAACUAUUUACUGUAUUACUCCUAUCUUGAACAUCAUCGAGUGGAAUGAAAUGAACUCUAAUCAUUCAAAAUCUUUCAAAUUACACACCCUCCGUACAGACUUAGUUGUACUCUUUAAAAACUCUCAUAUUUAAGAAAUGAGUAAGAAAUGCCUAAUUAAGUCCUUCAAAUGAUUUUGUCACCUAUUCAAGUCAGGAGUGCUCAAACUCUUUUUGAAGGAUGUUUCAGACACUUCAAAGUAAUUUCUUUGUUGAAUAUGGAAAGUAGACAACUUGUUCCGAAGAAAUGAAAACAAGAACUGAAGAAAGUGGACAGCUAACUUCAAGAUGCAUGAUCAAGUUGGAAAUUAAGAAAAUUUUACCUCUUAGAACUUGAGGAACUACUCUUCAGCUUGUUUUGUAGAAUUUAAAGGAUAGAGAAAACUGAUCUUCUGUAAUUCCCGGAGGGGCAAAGGAAGACGAUCAUCUUCCUCUUUGUUCUUCUUUAAGGAUUACAUGUGCAUUUCCAGAACUCCAAUGGAAAGUUACUCUCCCUUCUUCACUACUUUAUUUGUGGCAGUACUGAAAUAAGCAGCAUAGAGGCGAAGGUUGAAAAAAAUGAAAAUGCAAAGACCUUUUAAUGACAAAACAUAUCAGGGAACCCGAAAGGAUGGGGUGAUAUCUCUUGCUAGUUCAUUCCUGACAGAUUGGUAGCCAUAUCUUUCUUCUUCUUCUUCUUCUUCUUCUUCAAAAGAAUUUCUUCUCAAGUUAAAUUGAGGACAUUGGGUUUGAAAUAAUGAAAACCAUAAACCUUAUAUACAACAGAGAUGUUAUAUAAUAGUUCAAAGAUCAAGCAGACUUCCUUCUUCCAUAUCUAUCCCACUUGCUCUCCUUAUUUAUUUGGGUUUAUUUGUCGUACGUGAAGAUCUAAAAAGAUUGUGCUUAUAAGAGUGGGGAAGUGGGCAGUGGCCAUAUAGCAAAAACAAUGCUCCAAAAUUCCAAAAAUCUAUUUGCUUCUUAGAAGAAAUGCUCGACCACUUAAGAGCUCUUGCUAGCAGUUGAAGCAAUUUAGCAUGUCUGAUCACUGAAGAGCAAGUAGUGGAAACACAAAGGGGAGAAGGUGCAAAUCAUAAUCAUUAUGCAGAAAAUUGUGGUAACUUGUUCCGAUCGGGAUGGAAACCAGUAAGACCGAUGCAUUUUGUUGCUAAGCAUUCAGCGAAAGCCGCCACAUUUUGAAUUCAACUUUUGCUAUAGUGUUGUUUGUGAAUUGUGAUCCAGGAACUCCAAACAUAUCACAAUAUGCCGGCAGCAAAGCUUUGGGGUCACCAACCUGUAUAUUGCCUUUAUUGGUUACAAUAUUUUAGACCCAAUGAUUCUGCCAAGUUGCUCCAUUUCUUUUAUGAAAUUACAGUUCACAAUCAUCCCAACUAGAAAAGAGAGUUUUAAGCAGAGCUAGCAGAAACACUUUCCACUCCAAAAGGUUGACACCUCCUCUUCACACUAUUCAACAACUUGAUUACCUCCCAUUCUAAAGAACCAAAAUGCUUGCUUCUGAUAUGAACAGUACUGGCUGACUCUAAAAGAAGGCCAUCCUAUCCAAGAACUUUCAAACAAAGAAGUCAUUCCUCAUUUAGAAGAAGAGAGACAAGGAGUGGUGAGCAUCCUGCAAGGUUUGAAAUUUUCAAUUCCGCAGCCCUUCUUGGUUGGGUGAAGCUGGUGAGCAAAAAUAUAAAGUAGCUGCUAAAUG